AUGGUAUAUGCAAACCUUAUACAAGCUUGUACCAUGCUGCAAGCCCUUAUCUUAGCGAUGUCAAUAAAGAAGAGCGUUAUUUUGAAUGGCCACCCUGGACAGUUCCAACAACCAGGGAGGGUAGCACUGGUGAGACAAAGAAAUAUGAUUGCAUUGCAAAAAGAUGGACAGGAUUGGUGGAAAAUUGAACUCAAAUACUCUACUGAAGUUCUUGUUGGAAACUGGCUGGAAGAGAGGAAAAGGUUUGUAAAAGACACUGGGAAACUCGGCAGCAGUAUAUACAGAACAGACUUCAUUUGCCUUCCAGAUCACAAACCCAACCAAACACUAAGGAGAACCAUGAUGGAAAAAAAUGAGAAAUUUCAAAUGUAGGGCUGUGGCCUGCCAAUGUGGCACUUCUUUGCCCAUCAUGAGGAACCAAGAAGCCAGAAUUUACUAUUGGAGUAUGAUGACAAAUACAAUAGACACGGUUAUAACUCUGUGCUGCCUCCUCUCCGCAGCUGGAAUGGUCGCAAGUUUGCCUGGAUUCCUCAGAAAUCAGAUUUCCCCAUUCUUGCACCACCCACCAACUAUGGCCUUCUUGAGCACCUGAUGAAAAAAUGGCACAAGAAAGAAGCUGGAGUGAUGAACAGUGUCUACACCAUUUCCUAUGAAAGCCCACCGAUUUCUGCUUUUCCUACUCGUCAGCCGAGACAGCCAGCUAAAACUCAUGACCUCCCUUCCAACCAGGGCCAGCUUCCCCAAAACAUUAGUAGAAUCCUGGACUGUGAAGGGGGUCAGAAAUAUCUGCAAGCCAUCAGCCAACUCGUGAGAGACAGAAAAGCAAGGGACGCCUCUGUGUAA